AGCGAGACGGCGGAACUCCCUGGACGGAGCCGGGCCGACCCAGGCCCUCGGGAAACCUGCUCUUCGGGGUCCUAAGGAGCAACCUCCGCACACAGCUGAGGGAGGUGCGCGGCCCUUCCCAGAAGUGCGGCCAGGGGGCGCUGCCUGGAGCCGCAGCGCGCGUGGAGACCCGGAUUCCGGGAGGACGGCGCGCGUCGUCUUCCCGACGUUGCCGGAGCGAGGGACCCAGGGCCGCCCACGGGCGACUCUCCCCGCCCCGAUCGCAUCCCUGUCGGGCUCCUCCUCUUCCCCUCUGCAGCGGCCGCCGUCCCGCCCUCGCCUCAAACCCAAACACUCCUCGCUCCUGCUGCGCGGGUCGCGCGUGACCGCUCGGCUGCCGCUGCUGCUGCCGCUGCCGUCGCCGCUGCCGUUUUCCCCAGCUCCCGGACCGGUCCCGGCCGCGCGAUGCUGCUGCUGGCCGCCGCCUUCCUUGUGGCCUUCGUGCUGCUGCUCUACAUGGUGUCUCCGCUCAUCAGCCCCAAGCCCCUCGCCCUGCCCGGGGCGCACGUAGUGGUUACAGGAGGUUCCAGUGGCAUUGGAAAGUGCAUUGCUAUUGAAUGCUAUAAACAAGGGGCGUUUAUUACUCUGGUGGCACGAAAUGAGGAGAAGCUGCUUCAGGCAAAGAAAGAAAUUGAAAAAUACUCCAUUAAUGACAAACAGGUGGUGCUUUGUAUCUCAGUUGAUGUAUCUGAAGACUAUAACCAAGUAGAGAAUGUCAUAAAACAAGCACAGGAGAAACUGGGUCCAGUGGACAUGCUUGUCAACUGUGCAGGGAUGGCACUGGCAGGGAAAUUUGAAGAUCUUGAAGUUAGUACUUUUGAAAAAUUAAUGAACAUCAAUUACCUGGGCAGUGUGUACCCUAGCCGAGCAGUGAUCACCACCAUGAUGGAGCGCCGGGUGGGCAGGAUCGUGUUUGUGUCCUCCCAGGCGGGACAGCUGGGAUUAUUUGGAUAUACAGCCUACUCUUCGUCAAAGUUUGCCAUAAGGGGAUUGGCAGAAGCUUUGCAGAUGGAGGUGAAGCCAUAUAAUGUCUACGUCACAGUGGCCUACCCACCGGACACGGACACCCCUGGGUUUGCCAUGGAAAACAAAACAAAGCCUUUGGAGACUCGACUUAUUUCAGAAACCACAAGUAUUUGCAAACCAGAACAGGUGGCCAAACAAAUUGUUAAAGAUGCCAUACAAGGAAAUUUUAAUAGUUCCAUUGGCUCAGAUGGGUACAUGCUGUCAUCACUGACCUGUGGGAUGGCUCCAGUAACUUCCAUCACUGAAGGACUCCAGCAAGUGGUCACUAUGGGCCUUUUCCGAACUAUUGCUCUGUUUUACCUUGGAAGUUUUGAUAGCAUAGUUCGUCGCUGCAUGAUGCAGAGAGCAAAAUCUGAAAUUGCAGACAAAACUGCCUAAUUGUCAUCCAUUUGGGGAAAAAAGAACUGUUUCCAGAUAAUUCGAACAGCUUGCUGCUACAUUGGACCCAAUUUUUAGCCUACAGACACUUGUCUUUUGUUUGAAUAUGUAAGAUUGGACCAGAACUCUUCAGAAAUCUGGCUUCAGGCAAAGGGAUAGAAGUCCAACUCCAGACAAUAUUAUUAACACUAUGCAAAUAUGGAAUAGGCGAUCCUUUGAGGUGGAGCAGUGGUAGUGUGAGAACUGACAAUGUGUCAGCAGGGUGAAGAAUGGAAUUCCAGAAUGAUAAGUGGAAUUUUUUUCUAUUUAUUUUUUUCCCCCCUCAUAGAGAUGAAGUCCAGAAAUGUACUUUACGGCACAUAAGUCCUGGGGGCUUUUUUAAACUUUCCAUGAAAGGCAGUGUAUGGGUUUCUGGGCUUUUUCUUCUUCUUUUUUGUUUGUUUGUUUGUUUUUGGUACCGGGGAUCGAACUUGGGUCCUUGUUCUUUUGAGGCAGGCAACAGAACCACUGAGCUAAAUCCCCGGCCCUGGGCUUUUUCUUCUUAACUUGGUGUAUUUUACUCAAGAUGAGUUGUAUGCAUUGCCAGUGUGUCUGGACAUCUCCCUGUCAUGCUUGUUCUGCUGCUAUUAGAACCUCUCUCUCUUUGAUCCCACAAAGUGACAAGGGGGACGGGAGAGAGCAAUGCAGCAGAAGGUAAGGAGUCAGUCUUUUCCAGUAGGGAAACAAUGCUUUCUUGUCUUCUUUUGACUGAUGCUUAGGACUUUGCAGUUUUCAUUCAUGGAGAAAGGCAGCCUCCUCAAGUGUUUUCUGAAGAGAAAAUAAAAUCUUAGAUGCUUACAGAAGUUUACAGUUUCCUCAAUAGCCAUGAAGAGCUGAAGUUCACCUGUUCUAUGUUAGUGUCUGUCUGUUCUUCCCUUCUGUCCCUUGUCCAACUUUGCUUAUACUGCUGUAGUGGGCCGGGGAUUUAGCUCAGUGGUUCCAGCGCUUGCCUUGAAAGCGCAAGGUCCCAAGUUCAAUCUCCAGUACCAAAAAAACACCAAACAAACCUGGAUUGUACUGCUGUAAUAUUUUUGUAAAAGAAGAAAAAAGACCAGCUAAGAUUUUUGACUUGACUUUUUAAAUUAAUUCAUGAGUUCAUUAAAACAAAAAAAUAAAUAAAAAGUGUGACAUUCUUAACCUAGUAGCAUAUAUGUAGCUUUUAGGAAAGGCUGAUGAUUGUAUAUUUAAAUUAUACUCAUUGAGAAAAAAGAUGAAUACUUUUGAAGAUACUCAUUUUUUUGAAAUACAAUAAUCUCCCAUUUUUCUAUGACUCUCCCACUGCCCUGAGAACAGUAUCUUCCUACCACAUGUUACAGAAGCCCACUCCUCCCUUUGUAAAGCCCUGGAAAUCCUAGCCCUGUGAAUGCUGUUUCUGGGUUACAAGACCUGUUCAUUUCAUGGAUUUCUACAGCAAGUGCCUAUUAUCUGUCCUGUCCACCUCCACUGUGGCAUCCUGUUUGUCCAUUGCACACACUGCUCAUCCCUGCACAUACAGUAGUGCAUUCCAGUUCCUCGGAUGGGAAAAGACUUCUACUUUUGAAGAAGAAAAUUUUUUAUUGUAAAAAAAAAAAAAAAAUAGCAGACCUAGAAAUUAUAGCCAGAAUUUUUUUUUUGCUUUUGAAGCUUUUGACUUUAAAAAGUGACUUAAUUCUUAAAUAAUAAGAUGUUUAAUGGCUCCAUGGUAUCAAGAUCUGCAAAUGGCAAAUUUAGACACUGAUAAAUACAGAAGAAAUUAUUAAUAUAUAAAUUGCUUGGUAUAACUUGAUUACAGUUUGCAAGAGUAUGUUGAUGCCAAAAUGGUCUCAUGAAUCUUUUAGUCUUUCAUAGCCAAAGUUUGCAGUCUAUGUGGAGUCACAUUGUGCAGCUGCUAAAAAGACAUAAUGUAUUUUCCUAAAUUAUAUUAAUAUUUAUACAUUUCUCAGUUUUAUUUUUCUUAUAAACACACCUUCAAUGUUGGUAUGCUCUGCUGAUUAUUAAAAUCUAGUCUUAAGGUGGUGUUGGAUUUCAUAAAAUUAGCAAUAGUUAUUACAGUAUAUAUAUUUUUCAAACUAUUGUCAGUGAGUACUGUUACUCAGGUAAUCUAAUGUCUGAACAAAUUUGAGAACCCCUUUCUGCAGUGGGAGAUACUGUCCGUAAGUCAGUAUAGGUCAGGCACAAGAGCAGAUUCACAGAGGUCAUAAUGAAAUGGAAUAAGCUUCGUCAGAGAUGUUAAAGGUCCACAUCCCCUUAUCCUCAAACUCUAAAACUAAGUUUGCUUAUUUUUCUCAAUUUGAUGCCAUAAUUCGUUAGCAGACUUGAACUGGUGCACAGUUACUGUGUUUUUUUGUGCCAUUUCAUGUGCCUGUUUGAAAUAUCAACAGGUUUGAUUUUAUAGGUAUUGCCAAAUUCCAAGGAGGAGUUUCUUGAUACCCAUUAUAUGCCCCCAUGUUACCUUUUUAAAAUCCAACAAAUUACGAAUUUGGAAAAACAUCUGGCCCAGAGGGUUUUGGGUAAGGAAUUGAAGUCAUUUAGGCAGCUUCCCACGAUAUUCUGACUCCAUCCAAAACAUGGAAAUAUUACAAAGAAAAUUCAAAAAUGUUUUAAUCUCUUUUGGCUUGAUUUUUGUACAACUUGUUUUUCUGUUGGGAAGAAGAAGAAAAGAGGACCUUUAAGCCAGCUGUUAGGGAAACUGUUGAUCUUUUUUUUAAGGAUCACAUUGAUGUGUAAUACCUAUUGUGGAUGAAUCUUACCUAUGGCCAUAGUUUUAAAAAAUUAUCAUUACUGUUGCUGGAGUUUGAACCCAGUGCCUUGUGCAUGCUAAGCCUGAGCUCUACCACUGAGAUUCACUGCCCGCCCCCAGCCCUAGAAGUUUAAUUGCAAUCCUGUUGAACUGUUGACUCUAUGUGACCACCAACAGCUUAUAUGAAUUUCAGUUCUGAAGUGUCAGCUCUGCUGGUUUAGUUUUAUCGUUUUAUUGUAAUAUAUUUGUGACUGUAUUUAUAAGUUAAUAUUCAGGCAUAUAAAUUUCCAAAAUAUGUUCAAAGACAUUUUAUACUUGAAAAAUGUAAAGAAAACAGUCGUUAUUUCUAUUUUCAAAAACAAAAAUCAUGGCCUAGGGAUGUAGCUCAGUGUUAAAAGUGCUUGCCUGGCAUGUGUGAGGCCCUGGGUUUGAUCUUCAGCUUUACAAAAAAAGAAAAAAAAAUGUGAAAAUUGUUUGUUCUACAUUUUUAAAGUUAAUUUUCACAGUUAAAAAGACUAAAAUGCUGUUAUGGUGGUCUCUACAUUAAUACCUACAUAUAUUUAGUUAAAAACAUUCAUCUGGAUCUGUUAAACCAUGUGUUGAUUCCUGCAAGUGAAACUGCAAGAGACUAUUUCUGAUAUUUAGGUGGUGAAAGCAUUUUGGUAAUACUGAUUUCAUUCAAUUCAAAGAAUUGUAUGUUUCUUUCUAGAAGAAGGCAAUACCAGUUUUUUUAAAUGAAUUAUGUCAUCAGGUUUAAUUUUAUUACAUCAUGUUUUAAUUUAAACAUUAGUAUUACUCACUUGAGGUCACUUUUAAAUAUUUAUAUUUUUUGAUGUAAGAUGCUUUGUGUCUUAUUCUUUAAAUUUUUAGUAGAUUGGUUUUAAAAGUACCGGCUAACCAUAACUUUCCAAUUCAGGACUGGAUGUUGCUGUUGAGAUUAUAGCUCAUUAUAGCUGUGGAUUUGAUAUUUUGAAGAGGAGGUAAUUGUUAUUAUAUUUUACACUUGCUUGAAGUGACAACUCUAAAGACAUUUUUAAAUUGACAAAAGAACACAUGGCUAUUUUGAUACAUGUUAGAACUUGCGUUUGCUACUUUAGAAGCUUUUGUGGCAGAAUUGUAACCUAAUUUUCAUAUCUUGUAUUUCUGAAUCGCAACAAAAAAUAAAUGGGGAACAAGCUUUA